AUGCGCUUGGCCAUACUCCUGGUCUUCCUCUCAAUCGGGUUAGCAGAGGAAAAAUGCACGAGGAGACCGUAUGAAGCUAAAGACGAAAAACGCCCCGGAAAUAAUGGCUACGUCGUCGAGGUGGUCGGGCUGACAGAAAGAGCCAAUAAAACCGAGGGUCUAGUGCCUGGUGAAACGUACAUGGUGUCAAUUCGGGGGUGGAGGACCGAAUUUACGGCCCAGACCUUCCGAGGGUUUGUCCUGACAGCGCAUACUGAAGACGAGAAGCCGGCUGGGAUGUUUGAGAUGGAAAAAGGCAAAAGCGAGGCCCGCCAAGCUCCUGGCUGCCGCAAAGCCGGUGUCUCGCACACUAAUCUGAGGCCCAAGACUGCAGUGUCGGUGAUGUGGAGGGCACCAGAGAUUUCAAGCGGGUGCGUCUUGUUCCGCGCUUCGGUGAUUGAAUCUCGAUUCGUUUGGUAUUCCGAUGAGAGCCAGCUGACGAAGAAAUUCUGCUUGCAAGACGGUUUCCGCAACGUCGUCCCGAUCGACGAGCCGAUGGCCGAGUGCUGCGCCUGCGAUCAGGCCAAGUACACACUAGAAUUUGUCGGGUUGUGGAGCAAGGAGACGCAUCCCAAGGAUUUCCCGACGUUGGAGCACCUCACACACUUCACCGACAUGCUCGGCGCCUCACACUCGUCGAACUACUCGCUGUGGAGGUAUGGGGAACCCGCCUCCGACGGGAUGAAGGAGAUUGCGGAAUGGGGAAACACCUAUCAAGCGGAAAAGGAGGCAAAAGAGAAGGCCUCCGAGGUGCGCACACUAAUGAAAGUACGAGGUCUAUGGUACCCGGAAGUCCAAGGGCGAGCCAAUACUACGUUCAUUGUCAACAAAUACCACCACUUUGCAUCCAUUGCGACGAUGUUUGGGCCGUCGCCAGACUGGUGCGUCGGUCUCUCCGGAAUCAACCUGUGCCUCCCAGACUGCACCUGGGUCCCGGAGCGAUCGUUCGAUCUGCAGCCCUGGGAUGCUGGAAGUGAUGAUGGACCUCAGUACAUGAGCCCAAACACUCCAGCCGAACCGAGACACCCCAUUGUGGCGAUCACGACGAAAACCGAUAAGCUCUCACCCUUUUACGAUGAAAAUUCCGACACCAUCCCGCCGCUCGCGAGGAUUAUUUUGAGGAGGACCGAUAUCAUUACCUCAACCUGCCGAAAAGAUAAGGAAUACCAGGCCGAGGCCUUCAACGCGACGAAUACAUCGGAAGAUGAGGUUUAUAAGGAUCGGAGGGAAUGCAUGAUGUCGGAGUGGGAGUCGUGGUCCCUUUGCUCGGCCACCUGCGGAAAGGGCAUCCGGAUGCGGAGUCGCGUCUUCCGGUUUCCGGUCAAGGCUCAGAUGUUCGACUGCCAUCGCCAGACCACGGAGCGCCAGUUCUGCAAUGCCAAAAUUAAUGAGUGUGCUGACUCCGAGGCGUUCAGCACGAAGUGCACCGUCGGCUCGUGGCAGGCGUGGACUGAGUGUUCGGUGACCUGCGGGCAUGGCAUGAGAUCCCGGAAGCGCGCCUUUUCGAACCCUGAAGCCGACACGGCCGGCUGCAACGUGGAGCUGGAGAAGAAGGACGACUGUGUAGGCGAACACGGCGAGGACUGCUCGGUCACGCCGGACCCGCUCUGUAAAACGACCUCCUGGAGCGAGUGGUCGCCCUGCUCGGCGAGUUGUGAUGACGGGGUGAAAGUACGUACCCGGCUCUUUUAUUUUGCGGAGCAUGAGGCGAGGUGCUCGCACAUUCGGCUGAUGGAGAAGGAGAAUUGCGUGUUGCAGAGUUGUAGGAGGCUGAUUGAUGCUCAUUCGGAUGAAAUCUGCGCCCAACCCAAGGAAGAAGGCCAAUGCAAGGGCGCGUUCCCGCGGUACUGGUUCAACAGCGAGGAGAAGCGCUGCGAUCGAUUCAUCUACAGCGGAUGCAAGGGAAACGAAAACCAAUUCUCGACCGAAAUCGAGUGUCUGAAGGCGUGCAUCCCGGGAUAUGAGGUCAACCGAGCACACGUCCCGAACCACCAGCUAGUAAACGAGUUCGGCGGAGAGGAGAUCAAUGAUGGUGGCGAAAAGAUGAAUUGUGAGAUGAACGAGUGGACGCCGUGGGGAGAGUGUUCGACUACUUGUGGUCGGGGGAAACGGACGAGGAGCAGGAAUAUCAAGAUUUUCCCUCGCAAUGGAGGAAAUUCCUGCCCGGAACAUAUGAUCCAAGAGCACACUUGCCAUCUCAGGCCUUGUCCAAUCCGCAGCUGCCUAGCCGGCCCGUGGUCCAGGUGGAGCCAAUGUUCGGUCAGCUGCGGCUCCGGAAGCCAGACACGGACGCGGCGGGUUAAUAAAGGUCGUGCCAACGAUUGGGGCGAAGAGGUGUGCCACCUGGCCGACCGUGAGACCCGGGCCUGCAAUAUCCCAUGC